UGCCUUGCUUGCCCCGUGGCACUGACUUGCACCCACAUGGGUAAUGAGCCCUGUCUGUUCUCUGCCCCCUGCUUCCUUCUCCUGGCUGAUGGUGCCACUCUCCCCCCGGGCCAGGAGGGUUAUUUUUAACUGUUUGCCAUGUGCUGCCUGAGCACAAUUAAGGUAAUUGGUUUGGGAGCCUGGCUCUCACACAACGCUCCCAAUUACCUGCCUGCCUGCCCGUGCAGCCCCCCGCCUCCCUGCCCGCCGUGGCCGGCUCCUCUGGCAGGGGGACUGUCGGGACAGAGCUGCCCCAGAUAGCACAGUGGGGCUGGGCGGGGGGCACAAGUGGGCACAGGGGAUGGAGCCAUGGAGAAGACAUCCCUGCACAACGACAGCCUGCUCUAUGCCUCCCUGAUUGCCAUCCUCCUCCUCAUCUCCUAUUGGUUCACCACUCGCUGCUUCAAAAUCAUCAGCGGCAUUGAAGGCAAUCCGCCAGUCCAAACUAAAAAAGCGCUGAAGCAGCGAUUCCUCAAACUGCUGCCCUGCUGCCGGCCCAAAUCCAUCCCCUCGCUCAGCGAAAACAGUGUUGAGGAUGAGUUUGAGCUCUCCACCGUCUGCCACCGCCCCGAGGGGCUGGAUCAGCUUCAGGAGCAGACCAAGUUCACCCGAAAAGAGCUGCAGGUCCUGUACCGAGGCUUCAAAAAUGAGUGCCCGAGCGGCAUUGUCAACGAAGAAAACUUCAAGCAGAUCUAUUCACAGUUCUUCCCUCAGGGAGACUCCAGCACGUACGCCAGCUUCCUCUUCAAUGCCUUUGACACCGACCAUGAUGGGUCUGUCAGCUUUGAGGACUUUGUGUCUGGGCUGUCCACCAUCCUGCGAGGCACCAUCGAUGAUCGCCUGAACUGGGCCUUCAACCUCUAUGACCUGAACAAAGAUGGCUGCAUCACCAAAGAGGAAAUGCUGGACAUCAUGAAGUCCAUCUACGACAUGAUGGGCAAAUAUACCUACCCGGCCAUGCGGGAGGAAGCGCCCCGGGAGCAUGUGGAGAACUUCUUCCAGAAAAUGGACCGGAACAAGGACGGUGUGGUGACAAUUGAGGAGUUCCUGGAAUCCUGCCAGAAGGACGAGAACAUCAUGCGGUCCAUGCAGCUCUUCGACAGUGUGAUUUAGCUCCCAGACCUGCCUCCAGCUGAGCGCUCCUGACACUGGGCCCAGAACCUGCUUCUCUCUCUCGACUUUUCCUUCGAGCCUCCCCUCCACUGGCUGCACAGACACCCCCGCAGGAAGGGACCUCCCUUUCCGGAGAUGCAGUCAGCGCUGAGAUCUUCCCUUUCCCCUGAGCCGGCUCUACUUUCCUCGGGGGAUCCCAAGCAGGUGCUCCCAGACAUCGGAGCAUGGGCAUGGCUGGCACAGGAUGAGCACUCCACCUGGAUGGAUCUCCCUGCACCCAUUCCUGGUGCAGAAACUGCAGCCUUGGGCUGCAAUAGAGGGUUUUCCCCAUGCACACCACCCCAUGCAGCUCCCCUAAUCCUGAUCCUCCCCAGCCCCAGGAGCCCCCAGUCCCGGCUCCAGGCCAAACCCUCCAGUGAUGCUGUCUAGAAAUCACUAAAGUCUUGCAAAGGGCCCCAGUGCCUUGGCUUCCUCCCCUGCCCUGGCCAUGUCCUGCCAUGGGGAGCAUGUCCAGCGUGCCAGCCACCCUCCCUGUCCAGACAUUGGGCCAGUGGGUGGGCGGAGGGACCAUGCCUGGAGAAGGCAGCCGCAUGGACACCUGGGACUCAUUGCUGCAUGAACUGUGGGGAGCAUCCCCUGAUCCCAAGGGUUCAAGUUAGACCUAGGAGGCUCAUCCUGACAAGGGGAGAGGGGAGACUAAAGGAACCCCGAGGUGACUUCUUGUGGCACAGGUCCCCCAGAAUGAAGGAUGCAAGACUGAAAGGGCUGCAACCUCAGCCCCUGUCCCUUGAGUUCAGGGUGCUGGCACACAGGGACCUCAGGGAACCACUUUGAGGCUCCAGUCAAGAGGUACCCUUUCCAACCCUUCCUGAGGACACGGAAGCCAGGGUAUGAGGACACAUAAAAGAAGGAGAUGUGCUGGGCUCUGGUGGCUGUCCUGGCCCUUAGAGCUCACAGCCAUGCUCUUGGCAUCGUUCGCUGCUCCCAGGCCCAGGCUCAUCCCGGCCCACCUGCUGCCCAGGGGCUGGGGAAUAAGCAAUGGGACAGAGAGGUGUCCCCACAGGCAUAGCCCUGUGCUGGGGACGUGGUUGAGCUGGCAGCUCCUGGGAGAGAUAGCUGAGGCUGGGGACAGCCAGAUUGCCAUGCUGCUGGCAGGCUGGAGGGUCACCUUGGGGCAGGAGGGGCUCAUCCCCAUCUCCCAGCAUGGCCAGAUGAGAGCCUGCUUGGGGACCCUGGUGCUCCCCACAUCCUUGUCACCACCAGCUCCUUGGAGCUGGAUGUGUGCAGGCAAGCCUGUCCUACCCACAUACCACUUCAAGUUGUAGCUGAGUGAUGCCCAUGUGUUAAUGAUCCCAUGCCAAUGCCAGAGGCCCUCCACAGGCAUUGGGAAUGUACCCAGCCUUGGCAGUCCCUGACUGUGGCUCUAGUAUCUGUAUCCUUAGCAGCCAAGGGUGAUUUGGGCUGGCCUAAACUGCAGUGUCUGGGAUCAACUGGGAAGGAGUGCAGGGCCAGCACCCACGUCAGGCUGGGCCCCAGACCCAGGCUGAGCCCCUGGUGUUGGAGACAUUAGAAUUCCCUCCUGGGGCUCUGAGCCAAAGCUACGGGGCCACUCCCCAGCGGGACCAUCCUUAUCCCAUCCCUUGUAGAUAUGAUGUGUUUUUUAGGUUCAUUCAACACAUUAUUCACCUUGCAGAAAUGACGUGGUUUUUUAGGUUCAUUCAACACACCCUUCAUCUUGCAGACCUGUUCCCAGGUUUGUUGUGGGGCUGAGCUCCCACUUGCAUUCUCUCAAGGGUGGGAGGGCAGGUAUCCCAAACCUUACCCCUUGCGUCCCUUUCUCCCUGUUCUCCCUCCUCCCAGGCUCUCUGGGGUGCCCACAAUCCCCCUCCCACACGGAGCAGAUGCCGCCUUCUCCCUCACGCUGUAGGUCGCAUGGAGUGACCCCCUGCCCCGGGGCAUGGUGACCCACAACCCGCUUGGCAUCUCCAGUCUGUAUAUUUUGUAUUAUAACAAUUAUAUGGGUAAAAAACCCCCAAACAAACAAACAAACAAACCAAUAAAAUCUAACCACAGUCGCUAUGCACA